UAUUCCGGAUUCCACGCAUUCCCCGAGGAGUUCGAAAAGCUCAAUGGAUUACGACCUGAGAGAACGAAACCAUCCGGUUCAACAAAUUUUCCAGAAUUACAGGUUUAUGGACCUUUGCCAGACAUGGUGGAUUGGCGGCAACGCGGUGCUGUCACUAGAGUGAAAGAUCAAGGUGAUUGCGGAAGUUGCUGGGCUUUCAGCACCAUAGGUGCGAUGGAAGGACAGCAGUUUCUGCGAUCUGGUUCAUUAACUGAAUUAUCUGAGCAAAAUAUUCUUGACUGCAGUGAUGAAAAAUAUGGUAAUUAUGGAUGCGAUGGCGGUCUUAUGAUGAAUGCAUUUGCAUAUGUGAUAGACAAUAAUGGUGUUGACACAGAAAAAUCAUAUCCAUAUCUCGGAUAUCAAGGAGUGUGCCGUUACUCAAAUUUGACCCGUGGGUCAAGUGCUUUCGGAAGCAGAUUGCUACCUUAUGGUGAUGAAGAUAUGAUGAAACUCGCCGUAGCGGUAGUUGGUCCAAUAUCAGUGGCUUUCAAUGCGAACCCAAUAAUAUUCUAUAAUGGAGGUGUUUUCUACGAAGAGGACUGCUCAGAUUGGAUCAACCACGGUGUAACUGCAGUUGGAUACGGCACGGAUAAAGUAAAAUUGAAAAACGGUACAACCGUAAUGAUGGAUUAUUGGCUUCUUAAAAACAGCUGGGGCAGCGACUGGGGAGAGAAUGGAUAUUUACGAAUCGCCAGAAAUCAA